CAUCCAAAAACCUCUCAAUGGCGACUGUGAUACUUCUACGACGUGCUCAACUCCUUAUCACUAGAUCCACGUGUGCGUCUCAUAAGAUAACUCGAGCAAUGUCUAGCAUGCUUAUAGAUGACCCCAAGUAUUCCUGGCUGAAGGAUUUAGGGUUAGGAGCCACCAACAAUGGGGCGUUUUAUGGAGUUUGGGGAGGAUCAGGCGAGGAGGUAACUUCUUUUUGCCCAACGAACAAUCAACCAAUUGCAAAAGUUACACAGGCCAGUCCUGCUGACUAUGAAAAAGCCAUUGUAGCUACCAAGGAAGCGUGGCAGACUUGGACGGAGGUGCCAGCCCCUCAGAGAGGCGAGAUCCUCCGACAAAUGGGAGAGGCCUUGAGGGAAAAGAAAACACUUCUAGGAAAGUUGGAAUCUUUGGAGAUGGGCAAGAUUUUACCCGAGGGUGAGGGAGAGGUACAGGAAUACAUAGACAUCAUUGACUAUGCUGUGGGGCUGUCAAGGAUGAUCGCUGGCCAUGUUUUCCCUUCAGAGAGAAGAGGUCACAUGUUACUGGAGCAGUGGAACCCCCUUGGAAUUGUGGGAGUUAUCACAGCAUUUAAUUUCCCAGUGGCAGUAUAUGGAUGGAAUUCUUCCAUUGCUCUGGCCUGUGGAAACUGUGUUCUAUGGAAAGGUGCUCCUACCACUCCAUUAGUUAGUGUGGCUGUCACAAAAAUUUUGGAGCAAACAUUAAAAGCCAACAAUCUGCCAGGAGCUGUGUGUUCUCUUGUUCAAGGAGGAUCAGACAUUGGAACCUUGAUGGCAAAAGAUGAAAGAAUCAACCUUCUGUCCUUCACGGGAAGCACUCCGGUGGGAAAGAAGGUUUCUUUAAUGGUACAAGAACGCUUUGGCAAAUUUCUUUUGGAACUUGGAGGAAAUAAUGCCAUUGUGGUGAAUGAGGAUGCAGAUUUGGACAUGGUUGUGAGAUCAGCUGUUUUUGCCUGUGCUGGCACGGCAGGACAGAGGUGUACGACGACCAGAAGACUGGUUUUACAUGAGAAAAUCCAUGAUCAGGUUAUUGAGCGUUUAGUGAAAGCCUACAAACAACUUAGAAUUGGAGACCCAUUGGAAGAUGGGACAUUGUAUGGUCCAAUGCACAGUCAGCAGGGAGUUGAUCUGUAUCUCUCAGCAAUAGAGGAGGCAAAAGCUCAAGGAGGAAAAAUUGAAUGUGGAGGAAAGAAAAUAGACCGACCCGGAAACUUUGUGGAGGCUACGAUUGUAACUGGUCUGAAGCAUGACUCCCCUAUAGUCCUAAAGGAGACAUUUGUACCCAUUGUAUAUGCUGUGAAAUUCUCAAAUCUAGAUGAUGCUUUCAAGAUUAACAAUGAAGUCAAACAGGGUUUGUCCAGUAGCUUAUUCACCAAAGAUAUGAAUGCUGUGUUUAGAUGGCUCGGUCCAAAGGGGUCUGACUGUGGCAUUGUAAAUGUGAACAUUCCCACAAGUGGUGCAGAAAUUGGAGGCGCAUUUGGUGGUGAGAAGGAGACAGGCGGGGGCAGAGAAUCAGGGAGUGAUGCCUGGAAGCAAUACAUGAGGAGGUCGACUUGCACGAUCAACUACAGCACAGAACUUCCCUUGGCCCAAGGAAUCAAAUUUGAGUGAUCUCAUCAAAUUAUAAAAAUCCUGAACCGAUAUGCUAGUUGUUAUGUGUGCCAUUUGUUAUUGCUAGUCAUUGUUAGUUGGUAAAAUUAACAUUUAGCAAUCAGUAUGUAGAAUUUAGCAACCAGCAAUGAGCAAAUGGCAAGUGGGACUGAGCGUUUAGCAAGUGGCAUUUUGCUUACUAGCAUUUCGGAUCAUUAAAUUCUACAAAAAACAUUUCUGUGAUACCUUAUAGUUUGAAGUGCUAAACAUGAUACACUAAAAGUGCUGAGCAGGAACAGGAACAGAGAUAAGAGAUUAUUUUGAUAGCAAAACUUUUAACAACUUUAUGUUCAUCUUGUGUUAUAGCCAGAUGAUGCAUGCAGCGAAUAUUCCCAACCUAUAGCAAUUCCUCCAAUGACGGAAUUUGUUUUUGGUGUGCAUAUUCUGUAUCUGAAAAAGUAGCAAUGAUUACCUGUGGAUUUAGAUGUACAUUUUUGUAUUAAAUUUCAUUAUAGCUGACUCUGUGGCACUAACCAUUAAGAGAUACUAAUUUUGCCAGGUGUUUGAAGGAACUUGUCGUAUAAUGUGAUAAUUGAUAUGCUGUUAGAAUCUCAAAUUAUUUUGUAAGAAAAAUUUACACUACGUCUUGUGAAAUCUGCCUAUUGUGCAAUCUGAAUUUUUGGAUUUCCAAAGUACAGUAUUGGAUGAUUUUGAUGCUGAGUGAAUUGUUGGUCUUCAUACAUGUCAGCUUUUGACACAGACAAUAAAAUCUGGGAAUAAUU